AUGGCAUCCCGGGUCGACCUGGGCAGAGAUGCCUGCGAUGGUUUUGCAUGGCCCAACCCGCCUGCCCCUAUAUGGAGAACCGAACACAAGCGGCGCAUGGUCAAUGAUAUGAGGCGCGUUUUAUUUUUCAAGGAAUUUUGGCUUUUGAAUGGGAUUGGGCUGGGAACUCUCGGUGAAGGGGGCCACCGCUCUCCCUGGGGACACCGCUCUCCCUGGGGACAUGAUUUCCCUAAGACAGGCGAUAUACGGCGUCGGCUCAGCUUUCCUGGUCGAGCGCAACUUGCCGUGUGGUUCAAUUAUAAUCGUUCAGAUUCUGAGAUGGAUGAACGCCAGCCCCCAGCACGAAAGCUGCGAAGAAAGAGACCCCGCACAGACUACAGCUAUCCAAUGUAUGAGGCUCAAUCUGACGACCCGGCACCCUCCGAAAUGUGGCAGCCACCGAAAAGACGUAACCUGGGCAUGGUAUUGGAAACCGCGAACCAGGAAAUCCAUAACAUUUUCAAGGCGGAGCAUGUGCAGAGAGAGGUACUGGAGAAAGAAGUGCAGCGCCUGCGUGCGGAAAUGACUAGGAAGAAUGAGCUCAUUGACAAGCUUGAGACCGAAGUCCGUGAGCUGAAGUAUCAAUGUCGAUGCCAGAUCUGUUAUGCCAUCCCGUCAGGAUGGCGAACCCUUCUGUGUGGGCAUCGGUAUUGCCCGGAAUGCGCUCCCCCCAUUAAUGAAACCUGCGGAACGUGUCGCCAGGUUGUCGUUGGUGUUAUCAAGAGCUACUAG